AUGAAAAAUCUAAAGCCGAAAUCCAUUCUGAUCUGGUUUUUCUUGUUGCUGCACUGUUUUACUCUAGCGCUUUCUCUUAGAGGAGACUCCCAGAUUUUGAUUCGGGUCAAGAGUGCCCGGCUCGACGACCCAAACGGCAGCCUCAACGACUGGGUUUGGAACGGUGAAAGUGAUCCCUGUAACUGGACCGGCGUCACUUGUGACUCUCAGAAACACUCGAUUAUUUCCGUUGACCUAUCUGGGUUGGAUAUCUACGGUGGGUUUCCGUAUGAUUUCUGUCGAAUUCGGACCCUCCGAAACCUCUCUCUCGCGAACAGUUACUUCAACGGUACUAUCUCUUCCCAGCCACUGUCUCUCUGUUCACACCUUCGCUUGCUGAACCUCUCCAGUAACCUCCUCGUUGGAGAGAUGCCUGAAUUCUCGCCGGAGUUCACAGAACUAGAAGUACUUGACCUAUCCUCGAACAAUUUUACUGGGAAUAUUCCUGUGAGCUUUGGCCGGUUCCGGGCGCUGAGAGUGCUCUCCCUGACUAACAACUUGCUCAGCGGCUCGAUCCCUUCCUUCUUAGGCAACCUCAGUGAGUUGACCAGGUUCGAGCUUGCUUACAAUCCAUUCAAGCCCGGUCUCUUACCUCCAGAGAUCGGAAACCUAACCAAGCUCGAGAAUUUAUUUCUUCCGCGGUCGAACCUCAUCGGACCCAUACCAGACUCGAUCGGAAAACUCGUCGCGCUCAAAAACCUAGAUUUGUCCUUCAAUUCUCUUUCCGGUGAAAUUCCUAUCAGUAUCGGCGGAUUGAAAAGAGUAGAACAACUCGAGCUCUACGAUAACCAAUUGUCCGGUGGAUUGCCCGAGAGCAUAGGGAAUCUGAGCUCUUUGCUUGGACUAGACGUCUCUCAGAACAAUCUCACCAGAAAAUUGCCAGAAAAGAUCGCGGCAAUGCCUCUCGUUUCUCUUAAUCUCAACGACAACUUUUUCGAAGGCGAAGUUCCGGAGGUUUUAGCUUCGAAUGCGUAUCUGCAGCAGUUGAAGCUCUUCAACAACAGCUUUUCCGGGAAAUUUCCGGAAAAUCUAGGCAAAAAUUCGGACUUGGUGGAGUUUGAUGUUUCUACCAACUAUUUCAACGGUGAGUUGCCCAAGUACCUCUGCGACAGAAAGAAGCUUCAGAAUCUAAUUGCAUUCAACAACCGCUUCUCUGAAGGCUUACCAGAAUCGUACGGUGAAUGUGAGUCUCUCAUUUAUGUGAGGAUUAGAAACAACCAAUUGUCCGGUGAAGUGCCGGACGGUUUUUGGAGUCUAUCACAGCUUACGUUUCUUGAAAUGCAAGAUAAUAGACUCGGAGGUUCCGUUUCUCCUGCGAUUUCCCGUGCUCGUGGGCUCACUGCGAUCUCGAUAUCCGGUAAUGAGUUUACCGGCGAAAUCCCGGCGAAUAUUUGCGAACUGCAUGAACUGUUGGUGAUCGAUGUGAGUGGAAACCAGUUUUCAGGCGAGCUUCCGACGUGUAUAACGGGAUUGAAGAAGCUACAGAAGCUUAGAAUGCAGGAGAACUCGUUCUCUGGGGAGAUUCCGAGUUCGGUGGAUUCGUGGACCGAGUUGACCGAGCUGAACCUAUCAAGAAACAAAUUCUUCGGGAAGAUUCCGCCGGAACUCGGUGAUUUACCGGUGUUAACAUAUCUGGAUCUCUCCGAAAACUCGUUUACUGGCGAGAUUCCGGUGAAAAUUACGAAGCUGAAGCUGAACGAAUUCAACGUCUCCGACAACAAACUGUACGGUAAGGUACCUCUGGGUUUCAACAACGAUUUGUACCUCACGAGUCUAUUGGGUAACCCGGGUCUCUGUAGCCCGGAUUUGAAGCCCCUGCCCCGAUGUUCGAGACCCAGGCCCGCCCGGUGGGAUCUCGCAGUUGCUCUAGCUCUCUGCGUGGUACUUCUAAUGGGGCUUCUGUUCUGGAUCUUCAAACUCAAAUAUCUAGCAUUUGGUCGCAAACCCAAACGCUCAUGGAAGGUAGUCGCAUUCCAAAGGGGGGUCGGGUUAAUUGAUGUAGAGAUUCUCUCAUCUUUAAAAGAAGAAAACGUGAUCGGAGCGGGUGGGACGGGUCGGGUCUACAAGGUGAUGCUCAAAACGGGUGAGAUAGUAGCGGUUAAGAGGCUCUGGGGAGAUACCCAGAAUCCGAAUUCGAAAAUGGUGUUCAAAUCCGAGGUUGAGACUUUGGGUCAGAUCCGCCACCGCAACGUUCUAAGGUUGCUGUCCAGUUGUAGCGGCGAGGAUGGCAUGAUUUUGGUGUUCGAGUACAUGGAGAAUGGGAGCCUGGCUGACGUGUUGCACGGAGAGAAGGGCGGAGGUUUAUUGGAUUGGCCCCAGCGGUUCACGAUAGCAUUGGGUGCGGCUCAGGGGCUGGCGUAUCUGCACCACGAUUGCUCGCCGGCUAUCGUGCAUCGGGAUGUGAAGAGUAACAAUAUACUAUUGGACGAGGAGUGGACGCCACGCGUGGCGGACUUUGGGCUGGCUAAGACGUUGAAGCGUGAGGGGGGGGAGGGUCCAGGUGCUAUGUCACAUGUUGCUGGGUCGUGUGGCUACAUUGCGCCAGAGUAUGGUUACACUCUAAAAGUGACCGAGAAAAGCGAUGUCUAUAGCUUUGGUGUGGUGCUGUUGGAGUUGAUAACUGGUAAGAGGCCAAACGACGACUCCUUCGGCGAUAACAAGGACAUAGUGAAGUGGGUUUCGGAGAUUUCUGUAUCGUCGUCUCCAGCGGAAGGAAGUGAAAAUGGCAUCGAUUGUUAUGGAGAUCUGGAGCAGCUUAUAGACCCCAGGAUGGACCCGUCUUCUUGCGAUUAUGAGGAGAUUGAGAAGGUUUUGGAUGUUGCUCUUCUUUGUACCUCAGCAUUUCCCGUUAACAGGCCUUCCAUGCGAAAAGUGGUUGAUUUGCUCAAGGACAAGAAACUUUCUCGUCCCAAAUGAUGCUACUUUUCUGGUUAAUUAAUGUAUACUAGAAUAUAACCCGCGUCAUGCGCGGGUCGUUACUAAUUAAAUUUGCAUAACAAAUUGGAAUAUUA